AUGCCUGGCAAGUCCUUGAAACAACAGGUUGCCGCCUUUAGGCAAUCCCUCUUUUGUGAGGAAAUCCUCAAUGGCCAGUUCACUUGUUUGGAGGAGUUGGAGGGUGAGGACAAUCCGAACUUUAUUGAGACAAUUGUCAAUAUGUAUUUGAACGAGUCGCCAAAGUAUAUAGAUACCAUAGAACAAACAUUGGAGGCAACCCCCAUCGAUGUUGCUAAUCUUGAAAGGUGUCUUUAUAAGUUCAAAGGGAGCAGCUCCAGCAUUGGUGCUAAUAAGGUGACUAUUGAAAUCACUAAAAUGCUGAAUUGCUGCAUUAGUGGCGACAUAGAGGGGUAA